AUGGACACGUACAAGGCAGAUGAUUGUUCACAAGAACCACGACCGCCUAGCUAUGUCCUGGGCAGUUUUGUGAGCGAUUUUAGUGCCUCAUGGUUGUGUUCCUAGAGGACAUUGUUCUUGUCGAGAUUAGUCAUAUCAGGAAUGUCGUGUGUCAAUUCCUUCGUGCUUCAUCCACUUUCCUCCACCUCUUUACUUUACUCUGUUAUCUGUGUGCUUAUUGCCUGCACAUUUCUUGUUCUGGCAUUCGUACUCAGGUCAUGUUUCACUGAGAAGUGGAAGUGCGUGGCCACGGCCAGCGAAGUAAGAAGAUGCCCCCAAAUAAAUCGAAAGGAGCGCCCGCGUGGAGCGUGCAGGGUCAGAAAAUCGGGCUUCUGUUCUUGUCCUCGGUUCCUCUCGCCGUUCUGUGGUUACUGUUUUUCUUUCCCGGCAGCACGCGGUCGUCUGCGCAAGACGAAGAGAACAACAUCAGCAAACCGCAGACAGGCCAGCAGCAUUCGUUCGCGGCGUCGCCCGUUGUACCAUUCACCGCCGAAAGCAAUGACACGAUGGUCGCGGACCUGGCGCUCUGGCUCCAGGACCACUGCAACGCGACCAGCGGGAAGUACGGCCUGGACAAUUUGUUCCUGUCCGACUUCGUCCGGCCGCAAGCGCAGGCGGGUCAGGCGAUCCGUGGGUUGGGCACGUUGCACGAAGUGA